GCGCCCGGCACCCGGAGCGUGCACGUACGUACACCGCGACCACUUAAAUAAGCGGAGCGCCACAGCGGACGGCUCGCAUCCAAUUCGGAGUUUGUCCUCGCAGCGCGGGCGACAACAGCGCUCCCUCACGCCACGGCGGGGCGCGUCCUAGGACCCGGGUCACUGCUCCGGAACCUCAAGACCGCUAUGUUCGCCGCCGCCGUUGUCCUCGUCGUCCUGUCGGUCCUAGCCGACUCUGCCACCACCAAGCUGGACAGGGUUCCCCAGCAGACGGCUGCCCCCCAGCGAUGGAGGCACAGCCCCGAGGAUGGUUUAUGUCCACCAGGAACCCAUAUGUCGGAAGAUGGUAGAGAUUGUCCCUCCUGCAGUUAUGGAGUGGACUACACCGCUCACUGGAAUGGCCUCCCUUCCUGCCGACCCUGUUCAGUUUGUAAUUCAGAUGAAGAGGAGAGAAGUCCCUGCACCACGACCGCAAACAGAGCGUGUUGGUGCAAAGCAGGCAGUUUCCGGGGAGAAGAUUCCCCUGAGUUCUGCCAGAAGUGCCGCACUAGGUGCCCGAAUGGGAUGGUCAAGGACAGGCCUUGUACCCCCCGGAGUGACCUUGUGUGUGUCCCCCAAGGAUCAGGUCCUAAGGCGUCAGGGGAAGCCCUGGCUCCUGCAGGGCCUGUGACCGCCAGCGUGGGGAAUUCCGCCUCUCCCCUCCCUUCCUCAGGCAGUUGGUUCCUGGAGAUGACGAUGAUUGUCCUUGGGGUUUUGGUGGCAUUCCUAGUGGUAGCAUUGUGUUGCUGGAAGUACAGCCGCACAGGUUGCCACAAAGACCCCAAGACCAUGGACAGGGUCUUUUCCUGGUGCCAGAGGUCCCCACGAGGGCCUGGGGCUGAGGACAAUGCCCGCAAUGAGAUCCUGAGCAACAGAGACUCUUGUUCCACCCUGGACUCUCAGCAGAAAAUGGAAAGCCAGGAGCCAGCAGUGUUGACAGGUGUCACUGUAACGUCCCCAAGGGAGUCACAGCAUCUGCUGAACUUUCAGAACGAUGCUUGCUCUGAAAGUGACGUGUCGCAGGUGUCACAGCCGGCUGGCUGUCAGGCCGCACUGGAAUCCGGGAUUCCUGACUCUGACCCGGGGCGUCCCCACUGUGUGUUCCAGGGACAGGCAGAAGCUGAAGGGUCUCAUAGGAGGAGGCUGCUGGUUCCAGCAAACGGCGCUGACCCCACUGACACUCUGAGGCUGUUCUUUGACUACUUCUCACAUGUUGUGCCCUUUAACUCCUGGAACCCACUCAUGAGGCUGAUGGGACUGACGGACAAUGACAUCCAAAUGGCCAGAGCCUCUGCAGCCUGCACGGAGGACACCUUGUACGAAAUGCUCAAUCGAUGGGUCAAGAAGAUGGGGCGGAAGGCCUCGGUGCACAGCCUGCUGGAGGCCUUGGAGAGGCUGGGAGAAAGAUAUGCAAAGGAGACCAUCGAGGCCCACCUGGUGGGCUCUGGGAUGUUCAUCUAUCUAGAAGAUGAGGCAGGCUCUGCUGUGUCCGAAUUGUGAAAGAAUCUCCGUGGAAGCGCUCCAGAGCUUCCCUAGUUUACCUUUUUUUCUUGGGAAAAAGGCACCAUUGGACAACAAGCAUACAGCAAACAGAAAUUUCACAUGAUUGGUGCUUGAAAAAACUCAUCCAGUAUACAGAAUGUCCUAGAACUUUUUCAGCAAUUCUUUGUUUCGUAUAGUUCUAGGUUUGUGUAUGUGUUGUAUAUUGUUUAAGGAUGUCAUUCUUGUUCUGCUUAUGGUAGUUUUUCUUUUCUUUUCUUUUGUUUUUUUUUGAGACAGAGUCUCGCUCUGUUGCCUGGGCUGGAGUGCCAU